AUUUAAGGAUAGAUAUUAAGAAUUUUUGAAUAAAAAUAUUUAUGAUCGCAAUAAUUAUGAACUUGAAUCAUAAAUUCGUAAUGAACAUUGAAAAGAGAAGUCACAAUGAGGUUGAGAAGCAUGGUAGCGAGAUGUUCAAUUCACACUCACCAUGUUCAUACCCACGCCUCUGCAAUUUCUCCGACCAUUAACACCAUUACACAGAAUUACACUCACCACAACUACUACCUUCACCUUCUUAGUUCAUGCAAACACUUGAACCCUCUGCUCCAAAUCCAUGCCCGUUUACUUGUCUCUGGCCUCCAACAACUCAAUUCUAUCACAAACCCAUCACUGAUUCUGUGGAACUCAAUGAUUAGAGCUUAUUCUAGAAUCCAUCUGUUCCAGAAAGCAAUAUACUUGUAUCAUAGAAUGUUAGAGAUGGGACUUGAACCUGACAAGUACACGUUUACCUUUGUUUUGAAAGCUUGUACUCGCGCUUUAGACUUCCAUGAGGGUGUUGCCAUUCACCAAGAUAUAGUUUCCAGGGAGUUAGAAUGUGAUGUCUUUAUUGGGACUGGACUUGUUGACAUGUAUUGUAAGAUGGGUCACUUAGAUAGUGCGAGUAAGUUGUUUGAUAAAAUGCCCAGGAAGGACGUUGCUUCUUGGAAUGCCAUGAUUUCAGGUUUAUCUCAGAGUUCAUGGCCUUGUGGAGCACUGGAAAUGUUUUGGACCAUGCAGAUGGAGGGUGUGGAGCCCGAUUCUGUGAGCAUCUUGAACCUGGCUCCGGCUGUUGCUAAAUUAGAGGAUGUUGAUUCUUGCAAGUCUAUUCAUUGUUAUGUGGUUAGAAGAUGUAUUUUUGGGGUGGUUUCUAAUUCUUUGAUUGACAUGUACUCUAAAUGUGGUGAGGUAAAUUUGGCUCGUCAAGUUUUUGACCAGAUGCGGCAUAAUGAUGAUGUCUCAUGGGCAACAAUGAUGGCUGGAUAUGUACAUCAUGGUUGUUUCUUUGAGGUUCUUCAAUUACUUGACAAAAUGAAACAAACAAAUAUUAAGAUGAAUAAGGUAUCAGUUGUAAAUGCCCUUUUGGCAGCUGCAGAGAUGAGAGACCUAGAGAAAGGGAAGGAAGUUCAUAAUUAUGCUUUACGGGUAGGGAUGAUGUCAGAUAUUGUUGUUGCUACUCCUAUUGUGAGCAUGUAUGCAAAAUGUGGUGAGUUGAAGAAUGCUAAAGAAUUGUUUAUGAGUCUUGAAGGAAGAGAUUUGGUUGCUUGGUCUGGUUUUUUAUCAGCUCUUGUCCAAGCAGGAUAUCCUGAAGAAGCAUUGUCUAUAUUCCAGGAGAUGCAAAAUGAUGGCUUGAAACCAGAUAAAGCUACUCUGACGAGUCUUGUUUCUGCGUGUGCAGAAAUUUCAAAUCCUAGAUUAGGUAAGAUUGUGCACUGCUAUGCUACUAAAGCAGAGAUGGAGUCCGAUAUUUCAAUGGUAACAACCCUUGUCUCAAUGUACACUAGAUGUGAAUUAUUUAUGUAUGCUAUGAUAUUAUUCAACAGAUUGCAGUACAAAGAUGUUGUGGCAUGGAAUACUUUGAUAAGUGGAUUUACCAAAUGUGGAGACCCACAUCUUGCCUUGGAAAUGUUCCAUAGAUUACAAUUAAGUGGGAUUCAGCCAGAUACAGGAACCAUGGUGAGUUUGGUUUCAGCUUGUGCCCUUCUGGAUGACCUAGAUCUAGGAAUCUGCUUUCAUGGAAAUAUUAUAAAGAGUGGUUUUGAAUCUGACAUUCAUGUAAAAGUUGCUCUAAUAGACAUGUAUGCCAAAUGUGGGAGCCUUUGCUCAGCUGAAAAUUUGUUUCACUUAACCAAGCAUGUAAAGGAUGUGGUAUCUUGGAAUGUGAUGAUUGCAGGGUACCAGCAUAACGGAUGUGCCAAUAAAGCAAUUUCCACUUAUAACCAGAUGAAAUUAGAAAGUGUAAUGCCUAAUUUAGUCACAUAUGUGACAAUCCUUCCAGCUGUAUCAUAUCUGUCAAUACUAAGAGAGACCAUGGCUUUUCAUGCCUGCAUAAUCAGAAUGGGAUUUAUAUCUAGUACCCUAAUCGGAAACAGUCUCAUAGAUAUGUAUGCUAAAUGCGGACAACUCAAUUAUUCUGAGAAAUGCUUUAAUGAGAUGGAAAAUAAAGACACUAUCUCAUGGAACGCAAUGCUUUCAGGCUAUGCUAUGCAUGGUCAAGGUGAACUUGCCCUCGCCCUUUUCUCACUUAUGCAGGAGACUCAUGUCCAUGUUGAUUCUGUUUCCUACAUAAGCAUAUUAUCUGCAUGCAGACAUGCUGGUUUAAUUCAAGAAGGAAGGAACACUUUCCAGUCCAUGACGGAAAAACACAAUUUUGAAGCCAACAUGGAACACUACGCCUGCAUGGUUGAUCUUCUAGGCCGUGCCGGUUUAUUUGAUGAAGUUAUGAGUUUAAUUCAUGAAAUGCCAACAGAACCCGAUGCUCAAGUUUGGGGCGCCCUACUAGGAGCAUGUAAAAUGCAUUCCAAUGUGAAGUUAGGAGAGGUUGCCCUCCAUCACCUCCUUAAACAUGAACCAAAAAACGCAGUUCAUUAUGUAGUUUUGUCAGAUAUAUAUGCUCAAUGUGGAAGGUGGAUUGAUGCCAGAACGACAAGAUCAAACAUGAAUGACCAUGGAUUGAAGAAAAGCCCUGGAUAUAGUUGGGUUGGAGCUCAUAAACAAGCUGCAUACCUUUCUACCAAGUAACAAAUCUCAUCCACCAUUAGCAUGAUCAUAAACAAAUAGAGAAGAAUUUUUCAUAAGUAUUCUUUGUACAUUACAAUUUUUGUAGAUAUAAAUUGUAACCCUUCAUUUUAUAUUUACAUGUAAAGCUACAAAUUGUCCAGCUUUCAGAUUCUUAUAUCUUUCAAGAAGAUUAAUGUUAUACACCUCAAAAAACUAUCCUCCUUAAUACAAAAUUUGUGAGAAGUACAAGUAGCUUAAAAAACGCAUAAUAAUUCAAACACGUUGCAUCUCCAAGCCAAAAACACCUUCUCUUGUGAUAACAAAGUCUGAAGAAGAAUGUGGCAAAUGAGGAGCAAACACAACGCUCAUUCUCCUCGUUUUCAAUGGAUGAUGGUUCCCAUCAACCACAAACUCAUCCUUUGACAAAAAAAGUCUCGAGUUAACGCAAUGGGCCCAAGCCAGGCCCAAAGCAGGGCAAACCCGUCUACCAGACGAACAAAGCCCACCCAAAUUCCCAAUCCUCACAUCAUCACCAAUCAAAUCAACCACCUGGUUCGUAACCACCACCGCCAGCCCAUACUUCUUCGCCAACCAUCUCAAUCCCCCUGAAAUCUUGAAAAACAGCGACGACCUUCGCCGGAGGUCCCAACCGGUGUUCUCGAAAUCGGAGCGGAAAAGAGCGGCGAUAGAAUCGAUCACGACCACUCUCACCGGCCGCCACUGCGAUCUCGAGUGUAAUAGGAACGUCUCAAUCGUCGGAAUCAGGUCAACCAAUUCGUCGGCGGAAUGAACGGCGCGGAGGAAGACGCGGUCGCAGGGAUCGGAGCAAGAGAGAUUGGGAUGCGAAGAUCGGAAAGCGCGCGAGAGUUGUCGAAGGCGGCGAAAGGGGAAAGGGAACUCGGUGUGGAUGUAAAUGGAGGAAGCGGAGAGGCCGCCGCCGGAGGGUGGAAGCUGAGCGGAGAGAACGAGCUGGAGGCAAAGUUGAGUCUUGCCGGAACCGCUUUCGCCGACGAGCUCCGUCACUGAGUUGCAGGGGACGCCACCGCCGAGGCAGCGAUCCAGUACGGGACACCCUACGCUGCACUUCUCUGUUCGCUGUUGCAAUUGCAUUAGAUUCUCUGCCCUCAUUUUUCUAAUCCAAUAACCCUAACACUGUUCUCGAAUACUUUCCCCUUCUAUCCCAAAUUUAUGUUUUAUCAUAAAUAUCAACAUUAAAAUAAAAUUUUCAUUUAAGAAUAACAUUUAUAUAUUGUAUUUAAAAAACUGUCCAUGAUUUUUUCUAAUAGGAUUGAUGAAGAGGAACACUUGGGACAUUAUU